AUGUCAUUGUUCAUCCAACUGGCUCGUCGAUCGGCCACUCUGCUUCGACUCCGCAUCUCCAACUCCAUCUCCAAACGUUCCAUCGGCUCUGUCAGCGCAAUUGACUCGAGCAUCUUUCGCACUCUAUUUGGGACAGAGGAAAUUCGCAAAGUCUUCGACGAUGAAGCAUACAUCAACCGCUGCGUCGACGCCGAAGCCGCCCUCGCCCGAGCUCAAUCCCAAUGCAAUGUAAUCCCCUCCAAGAUCGGUCCAUUAGUAACGCAAAAAGUGCGUGAAUCGCAACUCGACCUCGACAGACUCCGACACGAGACUGAAAUCGUGGGUUAUCCCAUCCUUCCGCUGGUGCGGCAGUUGUCGGCGAUAUGCGGGGACGAAGCAGGGAAGUAUGUACAUUGGGGUGCCACGACGCAGGAUAUUAUGGAUUUGGCGAGUGUCUUGCAGAUGAAGGAGGGAUUGGUGAUUGUUGAGCGGUUGCUGAAGGAUAUCAUUGCCACUCUGCGCGGGUUGUCUGAGAAGUAUAGGGAUACGCCCAUGGCGGGUCGGACGCAUCUUCAACACGCUCUCCCGGUUACGUUUGGUUACAAGUGCGCCGUCUGGUUAUCUGGGUUCCAGCGACAUCUGGAACGACUGGAGCAGCUCAAGACCCGGACGUUGUUGGUGCAGUUUGGCGGCGCCGCAGGAUCGCUCGCGUCUCUGGGCUCUGGGGACGACGGGCUCCGCGUCCGAAAAGCCCUCGCAGACGAUCUCGGUCUCACCGACCCCCCAAUCACCUGGCACGUUGCCAGAGACGGAGUCGCUGAGAUCGUCAACUUCCUCGCCCUCAUGGGUGGGUCAAUGGGCAAGUUAGCUCUAGACAUAAUCAUCAUGUCAUCCAACGAGCUGGGCGAGGUAUCCGAGCCCUUCGUGCCACACCGCGGUGCCUCAUCGACCAUGCCCCAGAAACGCAACCCCAUCUCCAGCGAGGUGAUCCUGGCCGCGUCCAAGAUCCUCCGGUCAAAUGCUGGCCUGGUCCUCGACGGGAUGGUGGCUGAUUUUGAGCGCGCCUCCGGGCCCUGGCAUCUCGAGUGGGUUGCUGUACCGGAAAGCUUUGUAAUUGCCGUUGGGGCAAUGUCGCAGACACACUUUGCGCUGGCUGGAUUGUCGGUUCAUCCUAAGCAGAUGUUGGAUAAUUUACAUUCGACUCGGGGGUUGAUCGUGGCUGAGGCGGUGAUGAUGGGGCUGGCUCCUCAGGUGGGAAGACAAAAGGCGCAUGAUAUCGUCUACGAGGCUUGUCGGGAGAGUAUUGAGAAGGAUCGGACGUUGCUUGAUUGUCUGCUGGAUAAAGACGAGGUGGUGGCUAAGAUGAGCCGGGAGCGGUUGGCUAGCUUGUGUGAUCCGGUGAAUUACUUGGGAGCGUCUAUGCGGAUGGUCGAUGAUGUUUUGGCUGUAGAUUAA